AACUGCCAUCACCCACACAGUGGGAAUAAGCAAACUGUGCAGCAUCAUGGCUGUAGACAAUGAGGAGAUCGUUCUGGCCACUGCAAACCUGUUCCAGUGUGUCUAUGACUCCCUGUCUGGCGGAGACAAGAGAAAUUACGGAAAAGAAGAGGCCCUUGUACUCGACUCCAGUAAGGACUUGAAGGAUAUUCUGCUUGCCUUGUUGGAGAUGAUCACAAGCAAGAAGGUGUCUGGACACGGCCGAGACCAGGCCCUGAACCUCCUGUCCAAGAAUGUGCCAAGGAAAGACAAGAAAAACACAGAUAACACCAAAGCCCUUUUCACCAUUGACCAUG